GCAUGGCCUCCUGCCCCGUGGGGAACGGGCACUCCCCGGGGGGGCCCCACUCGUGAGAGCUGCCCGGGUCGCAGAUCUGGCUCGGAGAACAUGGCCACUUCAGGGAGGACAUUCCCAGUUGCCCUGUGGACACCGACACCGACUCCCUGGCCAGGAGGGAACACCACUGAGGUGGCCGAGGCGAAGUGUGUCUUCGACGAGGAGUUCAAGUUCAUCCUGCUGCCCAUCUCCUACAGCAUCGUCUUCGUGGUGGGGCUGCCCCUCAACUCCUGGGCCCUGUGGAUAUUCAUCUCCAGGAUGAGGCCCUGGAAUGCCACCACCACCUACAUGGUGAACCUGGCUGUGUCUGACAUGCUCUACGUCCUCUCCCUCCCCACCCUGGUCUAUUAUUAUGCCGACCGCAACAACUGGCCCUUCGGGAAAUGGCUCUGCAAGAUCGUGCGGUUCCUGUUCUAUGCCAACCUCUACAGCACCAUCCUCUUCCUCACCUGCAUCAGCGUCCACCGCUACAUGGGCAUCUGCCAUCCCAUCCGCUCCCUCAAGUGGGUGAAGACCAAGCACGCCCGCAUCAUCUGCGUGGGUGCCUGGCUCGUUGUCACCAUCUGCCUCAUCCCCAACCUCAUCUUUGUCACCACCAGCUCCACGGGCAACACCACCCUGUGCCACGACACCACCAAGCCCGAGGAGUUUGACCAUUACGUGCACUACAGCUCCUCUGUCAUGGCCCUGCUCUUCGGGCUCCCCUUCCUGGUCAUCGUCCUGUGCUACUGCCUCAUGGCCAAGCAGCUCGGCAAGUCCAGCCUCUCCAGCCCCAGCCCGCGGAUGCCCUCCUACAAGAAACGCUCCAUCAAGAUGAUCAUCAUCGUGCUCGCCGUCUUUGCCAUCUGCUUCGUGCCCUUCCACAUCACCCGCACCCUCUACUACACCUCCCGCUACUUCCAAGCCGACUGCCGGACCCUCAACAUCAUCAACUUCACCUACAAGAUCACGCGGCCCCUGGCCAGCAUCAACAGCUGCCUCGACCCCAUCCUGUACUUCCUGGCCGGGGACAAGUACCGGGGGCUGCGCCGGGGGGCCGCCCACCGGCUCCGGCCCGUGCCCACCUGCGACCUGGCCCUGGUGUCGCCCUACACGGACACCCUCACGGACAGCGGCCACGUGGCCAGUGUCACCCGAGGGACAGGGACAGCACGGAGCGGGGGCGGGUGCUGAGGGGCCCGAGGGGGUUCCAUGACCUCAUCUCUGGGCUCCAUGUGGGCACCCCCAGGUCCCCAGACCUGCCCUGCC